UUCACUCUGUCUCUCUCGUAUCUCUUCUUCAAAGCCCCUGUAUCAGGCCCUUCUGAAAGCUACACAUAUCUUGUAUGUAUUAAUUUCUUGAUAUAUUCAUUUCUUUGUGUCUGUUUAAUUGGUGUAUACUUUUGUUGUAAAUUCAAUGGCAAGAAUUAGAGGCAGAGCAGGGUAUAAACCACACCCUUGUAACAAAACAGAGGUUUUGCAAUGGCUUAAAACCCUCCCUUUAGCCCCUGAGUUUCGUCCGACCCUCGAAGAAUUUGAGGACCCAAUUGCUUAUAUUCAUAAAAUUGAGAAAGAAGCUUGUGUGUAUGGUAUAUGUAAAAUUAUACCCCCUGUCUCAUUGCCCUUGAUGAAAAGUACUUUUUUUCAACUUAACAAGUCUUUGGUGGCCUGUUCUGCCUCCCCGGAAGGCGAAUUAAGGCCUACGUUCACUACCCGGGUGCAGCAAGUUGGUUCUUGCCCAGGAAAAGGGCACCCUGUGAUUAAGUCUGUGAGGGAGAGUGGGAAAAGUUACACUGUUGAGGAAUUUGAAGCAAAGGCCAAGUGUUUCGAAAAAAAUUAUUUCAAGAAAAGUUCGAUUGAUAAGGGGGCUUUAGGUCCUCUGGAAAUUGAAAGCCUUUAUUGGAAUGCUAGUGCUGAUAAACCCUUUGAGGUUGAGUACGCGAAUGACAUGCACAUAUCAGCUUUUGUGGAGUUGGAGAAGCGGAUGGGAGGAGCUGGAUUGAGUGAUGAUUUGAAUGUGGGAGAUACAGAUUGGAAUUUGAGGGGUGCGGCGAGAUCCAGAAGGUGUCUGCUGAGGUUUGCGAAGGAUGAUAUCCCCGGGGUUACAUCCCCAAUGGUGUAUAUAGGAAUGUUAUUUAGCUGGUUUGCGUGGCACGUGGAGGAUCAUGACCUGCACAGCCUCAAUUAUAUGCACACCGGGGAUAGGAAGACCUGGUAUGGAGUGCCUCAGCAUGCAGCAGCCGCUUUUGAGGAUGUGAUCCGUAAUCACGGAUAUAAUGGAGAGAUGAAUCCUAUCUGUGAGUUUGGUUAUUAUUGA